AUGGCGUACGAGAAAAUUAAACUGACGGUUUGGAGGGGAGACUGGGGUCUGCCGUCAGUAGACCCUCAUUGCCUAGCCGUGCUGGCCUAUUGUAAAUUUUCAGGAGUGCCUGUAGAAGUUAUUAAAACAGGGAAUCCUUGGUAUUCUCCUUCAGGAAAUUUUCCAGUUCUUCAGUACAAAGGUGAGAGCUACACAAAGGUGUCAGAUAUCUUCAAUUUUCUCAGAAAAGAGAACUGGGGCAGUGAUCAUGAGUUGUCCUGUAAGCAAAGUGCCGAUGUCCUGGCAUUCUCAGCCAUGCUGGAAGAGAGACUGCUUCCUGCUCUGCUGCAUCUCUGGUGGAUGGAUGACAAAACCUUCAUCGACGUGACUCGUCCAUGGUAUGCCAGCGCCAUCCCCUUCCCCUUUAGUCUGUUCCAUCCUCGACGUAAACAGAAGAAAGCAGAGUUGAGAGUACUGCUGACAAAAGGCGGGGAUUACAUCACCGAUGCUGAAACUGAGGCUAAGGUGUACAAAGAAGCCAAGGAAUGUCUGAACCUGCUCUCUUACAAACUGGGAGACAAACCGUACAUGUUUGGCAGACUGCCCUCGUCUCUGGAUGCCCUGAUCUUUGGCUAUCUGACCCCACUGCUGAAGGCACCUCUGCCAAGCAAUCAGCUGCAGACCCAUCUCUUACAGUGUGAGAACCUGUGCAGGUUGUGCAAUGACAUUCUGACAGUUUUCUUCCCUGCUGAGGUUCGAGAAUCAAAUGAGAGUAAAAAACAAAAUGACGAGGCAAAGAAGAAAGAUGGCACCAAAAGUGACCUUGCGGAGUUCCCACACAGACGCAGAAACAUUUUUCUGGCUGUUUUGUUUGUGGUGGCAGCCAUGACAGGGUUCGCCUUUGCUCAUGGUCUGAUUCAGAUCACAAUAUCUGACGAUGAUUCAUCCAUGACAGUCAAGCAGUCCAUCGCUUCCAAGUCAGAGGGCAGAGAACUACGCUCCCAGAAACACCAAGAUAUUCUGGAAGAGUCCACUGGUGCUGGGGAAGACUAA